UAAGCAGUAAAUACUCACUCUUCUAAGAAAUCUUGAAAAAGCUUCUGGCAUCUGACUCCAACCUCAUCUUUUACUUGACUUUGGGUAGCAUAAGUGUCGGCUACAUCCAUAAUUCACAGGUUUUGUGUUUAUCUAGGUGUUUAAUUAAUUAUUUAUCAAACACAAGAUUUAACGCCGAAGAUAAUCACUAUUUUUUCACAGUAAACAAAGAGAUUUUGGUUCACAUCCAUCGACUUGCGCGAUCACCGAAUGGGCAACAUCAAACCACUUAAUGAAAUCUCACACAUAAAUCACAUCUAAGUGUAUACUUUUCUCAUUUUAUCCUAUCAAAUUAGAAAGAGAGGUCAAUAUGUCUGACGAACGAUAUCACAAUGGGUUUUGAUGGUACCACUGCUGAAGUAGCUGUUAUGACAUUUUGGCGGGAAUGUUUCGUGUUUUGUUCGUUCAGAAAUUAACUGCACUUUUUAUUUUGUCGAUUUAAUGCGUUUUGUUCACAGACGUAUAGACGCUGAUGUCAAAGUGACAGUGACAUUGUGUUGUUUUCUUCCGAAUUUCGGGAAACAUAACCUCAAAAAUACAUAAAAUAAAUAUUUUUAAAAAUGAACGAGGAUAAAGUUACAUUUCUAAUUAAAGCAGCUUCAUCUUUAUCACAAACCCAAAAUGAUCAGACGAAGACAUUGCUGAGAAGUUAUUAUUUGAUGCGGUGUAGAGAGUUGUCGAAAAACCAUGGCCUUCCAGAUAAGCACUUCUCUUCAAAAGUUCGAUGUUCAAGGUGUUUCAUAGAAUGGAAAAAAGGCACAGAAACAACAGUUAAACCUAUAAAACUAAGUAAAGGACAGAAGCGGAGAAUAAAACAAUUAAAAGCAAACAAAAAUAACAAGGAGGAGUAUGUUAAAACUAGACAACAAAUGUUAAACAGUAAUGAAUUAAAACAAAUCUGUACUUUUUGUAAAAAUAGUACAAUCACACCAAUUCCAAAACCUGUAAAGCCAAAAGUAAUUCCAAUAAAUGAAGGUGCUAAAAUCACAGAAGAAAAAUUAAAAGAGAAGAUUCAGCCAAAUACAAAGACAACCAACACCAAUAAACCUAAAAAUCAAUUGAAGAAAGCUGAAGUAGAUGUGUAUGCUAAAACAAAAGAGAUAUUUUCUCUAUCAAAUAAGAACAACACCUUACAAGGAAGUGUUAAAGAACAGAAAGUUAUCAAAAACAAUAAGAAGAAGAAAGACAAGUUUGCUGGUUUGUGUCAGCAGGCUGUUCUGAUGUCAGCAAAGCUUAAACAGGAGAAAGAAAAACAAAACAAAUUGAAUUUAUUCUUGAAGCCAUCAUCAUGAUGAAGAUACUAACUGGUUAGGUGUUUUAAUACUUUCAUAUUUAUGUACUAAGUAUUACUUUAUUUAAUUUUUAGUAGUUUACCUAUCAAUAUUUUAUGUUACACUAGUGUAAAUAAAAUAUGUCUAUCAAUAGAUUAUUUAUUGUCUUAUUUAUUCACAAUCAUAAAAAUAUUAUAUUGUCAUUUCUUCUUCCUUAUCACAAUUAAAUGUAUAUCCAUAACAUUAGUGUUAGUAUGU